UCCUACAAUGCGUCGCUGCUGUAAACAGGUCAGACUGUAGUCUACAGAGAAACAGUCUAUGAGACAUGAACUCCUGCAGUCUCUCUGUAGGGGUUAUGUAGCUUUAUGUGAACAGUGAGGAGACUUUCAUUAAGCUCAUGCCUUCGCCUACAGACUUCUUAAAGAAGUAUUGGGUGACCUACGUUCCUGUGGUGGUGAACAUGACUGCGAGUUCUCCAGAAGAACAAAUGCUGGCCGUGUACAACCAGACUCCAUUCCCAAUGGUCCCUCCACUGCAGCAACAUCCAUCUACCAAGAGGAAGAGGAAAACGAUCGUUGUCCGAGAUCCUAACCAGGACAACAAGGACAUCACGGAGGAGAUCAUAUCAGAAGCUGGCAGGAGUCGGAAGCCCACUCUGCCAGUGGGAAAUGUCUUUUCCGUCCCUAUGCCUCUGCAGUUACCAGCAGAUGAUAAGAUUUAUUUGGGAUCGAAUUUCGGGGGACGACGGCUGAACUGGAAGAACGGCUGCAAUGGAGAAACUAGCGCUAGAGCCACAUCCGGAGCAUCAGUAAAACUGGACGCAGUGCCAGACUCGACUACAAACAAGCUGCGCUAUCAGAGGAGGAAAUGGAGAAACGCUCUAAAUCCAUUAUUGAGGAGUUUCUACACAUAAAUGAUUACAAAGAGGUCUCGCAUUGCGUGGAGGAACUGGACCAGGGCGGGAUGCUGUACGUUU